AUGCCGCCGACUAUUCCGCAGCGUGGCGGCCCCAGUGGCCUCAAACGCCCGGGUCUCGCGGGCAAAACUGUGUUCAAUGCGGGCGCCAAGCGCCACCGAAAGAUCAUCAAAGACUGUAUUCGCGGUAUCACGAAGCCGGCGAUCCGACGUCUUGCUCGGCGCGGAGGUGUCAAACGAAUCUCUGCCAGCAUCUAUGACGAAGCAAGACACGCCUUGAAGGCGUAUUUGUCGACGGCACUCCGAACCGCAAUCACUUAUACAGAGCACCGUAACGCGAAGACGGUUACGGUUCAUGAUGUCAUCUUUGCCCUCAGCCGAAUCGGUAAACCGAUAUACGGUUUUGACCCCGAGACAUAUGUCCCCCCCAAGAAAAGGCUGGGGCCUGCGGCACAGGGUGCGGACGACUGA